UCCCUCAGAAGAAGAAUUUUUUUGGGUCACAAACAAAUAUAAAGGCUAAUUAAGCUUUUCUUUUCUUUCUUUUUUUUUGCCUAAAGUAUCCCAUUAGUUAACCUCCAUUUUUCUCUCUCUCUUUUCAAGCUUUGAUAAAAUGAAUUAUUCUACAUUUGGCUUCAUCCUUCUCCUUCUUCUGCCUCUCUCUUUCCAAAUAACAUUAGGGGACUCGAGAACAAGAGACAGCAACAUGAUCAAGUGCGAGAGUUUAGAGAAAAACAAGUGUGCAUUUGCAGUUUCAUGGUCAGGAAAAAGGUGUGUGCUUGAAAAGUCAGUGAAACGCAGCGGAGAAGACGCAUUCACAUGUCGGACGUCCGAGAUUGAGGCCGACCGAUUACAGAAUAUCGUUGAAACGGAGGAGUGCGUUGAAGGUUGUGGAAUCGACAGGAACACUCUCGGCAUCUCAUCUGACUCCCUUCUAGACACUAGCUUCACUCGCAAACUUUGUUCCUCUCGUUGUUACAACCAUUGUGCCAAUGUUGUCGACCUCUUCUUCAACCUGGCCGCUGGAGAAGGUGUUUUUCUUCCAAAGUUGUGUGAAGUUCAAGGAGGAAAUGCGAGAAGAGGAAUGUCGGAGAUUAGAAGCUCGGGGAUUGUGGCACCGGGACCCAUUCGACCAGUUUCUCUGUCAAUUGCACCGGCAGUUGCACCAGGGCCGAUUCAAGCGAUCUCUUUAUCAGCUGCUCCAGCAAUGGCUCCCAUGAUGAAUGGAGCUUGAUCAUCUUUACAAGGAGGAAAAGAAAGAAAGAAAGAACGAUCAUAAUAUUAGAGAGUUUUAAUUAUUAUAUUAUAGAAGAUAUGAAUUUCUAUAUUGUAGUAUAGUUUUAGAGUGUGUGAUAGAUAGAGUGUGGAUUUCAUGGAAUAAGGCUAAAGAUCAGCUAUUGUGGUUGUUGGUGGAGCCUUUCCAUUUCUUAUUCUAUACUGUAAUAUGGGAUCUAUAUAUAUAUAUAUCAUAUGAAAUAAAAAUAAGUUUAAUUAUAA